GCGCGUCACCGGAAGUGAGGCGGCGGAAGUAGUGUAACCAGCUGGGAGCCAGCCGGCAGGACGCUGUGAGUUGGCGUGCUAGUAGGAUGGCAGAUGAGGAAGAAGACCCCACGUUUGAGGAAGAAAAUGAAGAAAUUGGAGGAGGUGCAGAAGGUGGACAGGGUAAAAGAAAGAGACUUUUUUCUAAAGAAUUGCGAUGUAUGAUGUAUGGCUUUGGGGAUGACCAGAAUCCUUAUACUGAGUCAGUGGAUAUUCUUGAAGAUCUUGUCAUAGAGUUUAUCACUGAAAUGACUCACAAGGCAAUGUCAAUUGGAAGACAAGGUCGAGUACAAGUUGAAGAUAUCGUCUUCUUGAUUCGAAAGGACCCAAGGAAGUUUGCCAGGGUUAAAGACUUGCUUACUAUGAAUGAAGAAUUGAAACGAGCUAGAAAAGCAUUUGAUGAAGCAAAUUAUGGAUCUUGACACUUUUUGUAGUUUCCGAAAAUUACCAUCUGGGGAAACCAUAUAUAAUAAUUGUAUAUUUUCUAAAGUAAGAUUCAGAUGUCUAGCCAUGUAAAUGAAAGAUGGAGAAACACAAAGUUUUCAGCCUUUAUUUUUAUGCCUUUGAUUUUAGAGUGAUAUUGGUGCAUGUAAUUGCCUGCCUUUAUAUUACCAUACUUGAAUUACUUACUGGGUUUUAAUGACCACACAUAAGUCCAAGUACCUUGCAAACCAUGCCGUUGUUCUGACUUUUGACUAUUUAAAGGAUAAAGUAGUAUUUAAUGUGUUAGGUAUGUUUAUGCCCUUGUAAGCUAUACUGUAGCUUUUUUUUUUUUUUUGAGACGGAGUCUCACUAUGUUGGCAGGCUGGAGUGCAGUGGCGUGAUCUUGGCUCACUGCAGGCUCCACCUCCUGAGUUCAAGUGAUUCUCCUUCCUCAGCCUCUCGAGUAGCUGGGAAGUACAGGCGCCUGCCACCACGCCUGGCUAACUUUUUGUAUUUUUAAUAGUGAUGGGGUUUCACCGUGGUAGCCAGGAUGGUUUUGAUCUCUUGACCUCGUGAUCCACCUGCCUCGGCCUCCCAAAGUGCUGGGAUUACAGGUGUGAGCCACUGCGCCUGGCCUACUAUAGCUGUUUAAUAUGUGAAAUCUAAAUGGCAUUUUUGACUUGACAGCUCAGACUUGUACUUCAUGUAUUCAGAAGUUUUUAGACAACAAUUAGUUUAUUGUCUAGUUCAUUAUUAAAGAUAAUGAACUAGGCCGGGCGUGGUGGCUCACACCUGUAAUCCCAGCACUUUGGGAGGCUGAGGCGGGCAGAUCACUUGAGGCCAGGAGUUCCAGACCAGCCUGGCCAACAUGGCAAAACCUCACCUCUACUAAAAAUUAAAAAAUUAGCCAGGCAUGGAGGCAUGCGCCUGUAAUCCCAGCUACUUGGGAGGCUGAGGCAGAAGAAUUGCUUGAACCCAGGAGGCAGAGAUUGCAGUGAGCCGAGAUGGCACCACUGCACUCCAGCCUGGGCAAUAGAGUGUGACUCUCAAAAAAACAAAGAUAAUGAACUGGUUUGCAUUUCUUUUAAAGAGAUGAUAGAGGAAAAUAUAGUUUUUUGUAAGAAUGUUUAUCUCUCUUAAAAGAUAAUCUGUUUUAAUUUUCUUCAGAUAACAAGUUAUUGUUAUUUUUUAAGAAAGCAAGUUUCACGGGCCGGGCGCGGUGGCUCACGCCUGUAAUCCCAGCACUUUGGGAGGCCAAGGCGGGCGGAUCACGAGGUCAGGAGAUCGAAACUAUCCUGGCUAACACGGUGAAACCCCGUCUCUACUAAAAAUACAAAAAAUUAGCCGGGCGCGAUGGCAGGCGCCUGUAGUCCCAGCUACUUGGGAGGCUGAGGCAGGAGAAUGGCGUAAACCUGGGAGGCGGAGCUUGCAGUGAGCCGAGAUCGCACCACUGCACUCCAGCCUGGGCGACAGAGCGAGACUCCGUCUCAAAAAAAAAAAAAAGAAAGCAAGUUUCACAUGAAUAAUGCUGUGUUGGAAGGCUUUUUGAUUUAAAAUCUUUUCGGAUUUAUAACAUCCUGUUAAGUUUUAGGAGAACCCGUUUUCCCAGAGCAGAUUCAAGCUUCUAAAAAUAAAUGCUUUCAGUAGCAGGAAUGGCAUUGCUUAAAAAGCUGUUGGCAGGGUAAGCAUCUGGGUUAGUGUUUUAUUAACAUAUUUGUAAGUACUUGUUCACUGUGGAAAUGUGUCCUUGACUAAAACCAUAUGUGGCUAUGGAAACCAUGUUUGUAGUUCUGAAUACACAGGUUUUGUGUGUAUUUACUCUAUGUAUUAAAUUAUUAUUGCCCUUAGUUUAAAGUAAGGAUUACAAUUGGAUUUAAGUAGAUCACUGAAUGUUAUUGUUUAUGAAACUUAACUUUUUGUAUGCUGCUUAUAAACAUGAUCUAUAAAUCAGUGCUUGGGAAAAUUUUACUUAAUCUACUGAUACAGGAAUAAAAUAUGAACAAUUAAACAGGUUGAUCCUUGAA